UCCAUGAAAAAAGGACUUUUAAAUAUUUUAAAGGUGAUAUUCGUGAUCAGCUGAACAAGACGAAUCAGAAUAUGUAUGACAAAUUGAAAAAUAAAACCCACUCGAAUUUUGCAUUAGCUGCACCUUAUGUCGAAAGAAGCAAUUCUGCAAUGCAAAAUUUAUAGAUUUUCAUAUAAACGAUAAAAUUGAUGUAUAACCUUUGGAAACGUAUCUUUAUAAGCAGGCUAAGAUUGCAAAACGUUUUAUAAGAAAUGUGAGUCUUCAAUCCUUCGUGAUUUUGAGGUCAAGAGAUUUUAGACCUUUUGACUAAAGAUUUCUGCUGAGAAACUCCUUUACCAUUUUCGUUUCUCUAGCUUUACAACGAAAUGCUGGUGUAGUGACAGGAACUCCAACCAGUGCAGUGACUGGUGCCAUUGUGGGUGGUUUAGUUGAUGGUCCUCUUGGUGCUGCUGUGGGAUUCGUGAUGGGACUCAAAACUGGUUUUACAGCUGGUGCUGUUGCUGAUACCGUUCGUAACAGAUGA